AUGCAUAAUAAUUACAAACAUGAUGAAACAACACUCAUAAACGUAACAGUGUGUUCAUAUCUAUCUAUCUAUCUAUCUAUCUAUCUAUCUAUCUAUCUAUCUAAGCGCACACGCCAACACAUUCAUAUCCAUUUCUAUCAGAUGUUGUUGCUGCAUAUCUAUCUAUCUAUCUAUCUAUCUAUCUAUCUAUCUAUCUAUCUAAUACAGUUCGUUAAUAUCUAUCACAGUGUAUUCACAUCUAUCUAUCUAUCUAUCUAUCUAUCUAUCUAUCAGUUUACUCUAAUCAUUCUAAUCUAUCUAUCUAUCUAUCUUAGAUAUCUAUCUAUCUGUCUAUACAUUUUGUGUUGUCGAGUUGUCCAAGAUAUUUCACAUUUCAUUGGAUAUUCUGUGAAUUUUUCCUUUCACAUUCUUUUUCUUUUUCUUUUCUUUUUUCUUUCUCUUUUUCUUUAUCGUUCUUUUUCUUCCUCUUUCUUUUUCUUUUCCUUUCUCUUUCUUUUUCUUUUCCUUUUUCUUUCUCUUUCUUUUUCUUUUUCUUUCUCUUUUUCGUUCUUUUUCUUCCUCUUUCUUUUUCUUUCUCUUUCUUUUUCUUUUCCUUUUUCUUUCUCUUUCUUUUUCUUUCUCUUUUUCGUUCUUUUUCUUCCUCUUUCUUUUUCUUUCUCUUUCUUUUUCUUUUCCUUUUUCUUUCUCUUUCUUUUUCAUUCUCUUUUUCGUUCUUUUUCUUCCUCUUUCUUUUUCUUUCUCUUUCUUUUUCUUUUCGUUUUUCUUCACUUUCCUUUUCUUUCUCUUUCUUUUUCUUUCAAUUUACUUUCUUUCCUUUCUUUGUUUUCUUUUCCAGUUUUUCUUUCUGUUUUUCCUGUACCACAAUCCGAUCCCCGCCGUUCUUAUCUAAAGCCACAAUCCGAUCCCCGCCAUUCUUAUCUAAAGCCACAAUCCGAUCCCCGCCAUUCUUAUCUAAAGCCACAAUCCUAUCCCCGCCAUUCUUAUCUAAAGCCACAAUCCAAUCCCCGCCAUUCUUAUCUAAAGCCACAACCCGAUCCCCGCCAUUCUUAUCUAAAGCCACAAUCCGAUCCCCGCCAUUCUUAUCUAAAGCCACAAUCCGAUCCCCGCCAUUCUUAUCUAAAGCCACAAUCCGAUCCCCGCCAUUCUUAUCUAAAGUCACAAUCCGAUCCCCGCUAUUCUUAUCUAAAGCCACAAUCCGAUCCUUGCCGUUCUUAUCUAAAGCUUGAUAGAAAAAAUUAG